AUGUCCUAUGACCGCUACGUUGCCAUCUGCAAACCCCUGCACUACGGGACCCUCCUGGGCAGCAGAGCUUGUGUCCACAUGGCAGCAGCUGCCUGGGCCACUGGGUUUCUCAAUGCUCUGCUGCACACGGCCAAUACAUUUUCACUGCCCCUGUGCAAGGGCAAUGCCCUGGGCCAGUUCUUCUGUGAAAUCCCCCAGAUCCUCAAGCUCUCCUGCUCACACUCCUACCUCAGGGAAGCUGGGUUUCUUCUAGUUGGCUUUUCUUUCGCUUUUGGCUGUUUUGUGUUCAUCGUGGUGUCCUACGUGCAGAUCUUGAGGGCUGUGCUGAGGAUCCCCUCUGAGCAGGGACGGCACAAAGCCUUUUCCACCUGCCUCCCUCACCUGGCCGUGGUCUCCCUGUUUGUCAGCACUGCCAUGUUUGCCUACUUGAAGCCUCCCUCCAUCUCCUCCCCAUCCCUGGACCUGGUGGUGUCUGUUCUGUACUCAGUGGUGCCUCCAGCAGUGAACCCCCUCAUCUACAGCAUGAGGAACCAGGAGCUCAAGGAUGCCCUGAGGAAACAGAUGACUGGAUUUCUUCUGAAGCUAUAA